AUGCAUUUUUUCUUACCUCUUUUGAAACUUAAUAGGACCAUCCCCUUUUUAAGAGAAAAUGCUAACUCAAUGCAUAAUUAUGCCUUGGCGAUUACUAAUUUCGGCAAGAUUAGUUUCAACACAAUUUCUCUUCUGGAGUGCCCAUGUGGAAUUAAAUUGAAUGCCUUUCAUUUCGUGUAGAUAUGGAUAUUUUAUUAUUGUCAUUUCUUACCAUGUCCUUUUUUCUCUUCAGACACUGAUGACUGUUAUCCAAACCCGUGUCUAAACAACGGAACAUGUACAGACGGAGUGAAUGACUACAACUGCACUUGCGUGCCUGGCUUUGUAGGAAAGAAUUGCUCAAAUAGUAAGUCUUUAAAAAUUCAGUCUUUAAAAGAAUUGAGUUUUUCGGAUUAACACUGAACAGUGAAUGGUAAUCGUAUUUCAACUUCAACGCCGCACGAUCUCGCUCGCUCCUUUUAAAAAAGUCGUUUUGCAUAAGUUACAGAUCCAACUUUCCUUACCUCUUUUAAAACGUAAUAAGAAGAUCCCUCUACACAAGGCUCCACUGGCUCUGAAGAGCUGAAAAUACGCGCAAUGUGAAGUAUAAUAAUCCUUUAAUAAACCUCCUAUUGCUGUGUCUAAACUCUUCAAUCCUGCUGUGCAAUGGCCCUCAAAAGUGUGACCGGUCGGUAUGAUUGUCCGUAAAAUUUGUUCAAUGAUAGAAAGGAAUCUUUAAAGUUCAUUAAACCACUGGACAUUUCAUUCCAAAAAAGUACUUAAGUCUAGUUUUUUAUGACAAUAGAAACCUUUAAAUCUCUAAAUCCAAGAGAUCGGAAUAGUAUUUCCGUGAUAAAAUCGAAAUUUUUGUCCGUCUCUUCGAUGAACACUCUGUUCGCCAUUUUGAAAGUCACUGACGUGAGACGUGACAUCAUAAUGGCAGGCGGACUGUACCACAGUUUUGGAAAAGCCGUUUUAAGAUAUGCAUUUUUUCUUACCUCUUUUUAAACUUAAUAGGACCAUCCCUCUUUUAACAGAAAAUGCUAACUCAAUGCAUAAUCGUAUUCCAAGUAAAUCGACCCACGACCUCGCUCGGUUCUUUGGGAAAAGUCGUUUUGUAUAACUUAUAGAGUCAUAAUAUAUAGAUUUAGCCAGGGCUAAAAGCGAAGCUCCAAUUUUAAUAAAUUUAUAAUUUAAAUCAAACAAUAACCUUUUCAAUCCACAAAUCAUUUAACUUAAGGCCACGUACAUUCAUGUCACUUUUGAGGGAAAGGCUAAGUUAUUUUAGAGUGAAACAUCUUACAUCGAAUUCAUAACCUUAUAUGUACACCCAAAAAAUAGCAAACAUCUUCGAUCACAUUCAAGAUCACAGUAGAUUAGGCCUCGAAAACAAAUUCUUGGAAAACAAAUCACGCCAAAUUUUUUUGCGUUCGACAGGUUUACUUUACAAAUUCUUGCCAACAAAUCUGGGGGUGUUUAAACCAACCUUUUAUAAUUUUUAUACACCACAUUUGAGGUGAAACAGUACUAUUUAUCAUACAGAGCUCGGACAGAAUGCGGUAUUUCACAAUUUUUCAAGACAAAUUGCACUCAGUCAAUAUUCAGGACGAGCCAAACCGUUCAAAAAUUUCAGAAAAUUUCCAAAAUCACCCAUACGGCCAGCUGGUUCUCGUUUCUAUAGUGCGAGCUGUCAGUGUGGUCGAGUGUUUGAAUGAACUUUAACAGAGUUACGCUUCAACAUAAUAGCGAAUUUAUUAUUAUUUGUUUUGUUAUUUAAUGGUUUCAGUUAUAUAACGAUGUGUAAUCUUAUAAAGCGUUUGAUACGCGCGACAUUUUUGAGUACUCCUGCAAGCGAUGGUCAUGAACGAUGAAAACAAACGGCACGGACAAGCGAUUAAAAUUGCAAGAGAGACUACUAACAAUCAAAAAAAGAGAUAUAAUUCCGUGAAACAUUUACAGAGACAACAAUUUUCAUUCACGAAGACAAGUAUUAAAGUGUCUCUAAAAAUCCUGAGUCUUUAAGUUAAGUUUAUGUUUUAGCCGGUUUCCCGGCGCGGCGUUUACUGUUUUUGAAGGUGAACUCCUCGAAGCAAGAAAAUCGCUCAAAGUUUUCUUUCUAUAGCCAAAUUUAUAACUAAAUAUUCUUCGGAACGUUUUCUUUCUAUUUGUGGUGAGCAAAUAUAUCUGAAGGCUCUUUAAAGUUCUGUAAGCUUAUAUCAAACCUGAUACUAGGUCAGAUCAUUGACUCAAAUCCUGCAAACGGGCAUAAACUUGCCGCAUAAACUGUCAGCGUGAACUGUGCAAGACUUCAUGAAACACAAACAUCAAAUACAAUAAUUACUUAGGCUUACCAUUCGAGAUUCAGUUCCUGGAAGCUAGCAAGGGAGGCCACAGUUGCUUGAGACUUUUAAACCCUCUUACGCAUAAAAGCAAGGUGAAAAACGAAAACGAUGCCCUCCGAAAUCGAAUUACCGAAUUUUCACAAGCGACGCAUUUCUCUUCCAAAACCCAGUAAACAAACCAGCCAUGAAUAACAGAAGACUCUUGAUAGCAGUUGUAUUUCAUUUUGUACCUCCAGAGGAAAAAGACAGUUAAAAACAUCACAAGUUGACACAAAACUCUGUCAGCUUCAGCUGUCAAAGUAAACUACUUUCAAGAUGCUGAAUAAUUUUUCCGCAUAAACUCACCUGUCAAAUUUUGACCAAUCAGAGUAUAAAAAUUGGACUUAGAGCGUGACCAACGCGUGACCAUGGUAAGAUAAGGUCUUCCCCGCCUGUACUUUUAAAAAAACUGGAUGAAUUUUCGCUUCCGAGGUCAGUUUGAAAUCAAAAUCCUAAUCGUGCGGGGCCAUAGUGACAUAAACACAACAUAUUUGAUAUGAAUCCUUGGAAAAAAUAAACUUGAGCCUGCGAUCAUUUGAAGCUGGUAAUUUGUCAGCGGAUAACUUUAAAAAAUACUCGACCUCGAUGGGUCGACACUUGAGCCCGCGGUACGGUCAGGUGAUACUGGUCAGCGGAUGCCCUGUUUUGAUAGCUGUCAAUUGAUCACAACAUUGAUGUGUAGCCUGUGCAAUUAGUUUUCUCUUGGGCUUCCAAUCUAGCUAAAAGUGUGAGAGUAAACCAUGAGAGGACACAGAGGCUUUUUACUGGAAGUACCAUCGCACGCAGGGAAGUUUUCUCCGCGGGCAGCUAAUCCGACUUAAUCCCAUUUAAUGUGUCGCGCUCCUCGAAAGUGCGAAAAUUUUCUUGUCGUGUAUUAGAUUUCAGAUACAUUUUCUUAAUCUUCAUUUCGCGCCAGAAUAAAUUAGUUUGCACGCAAAGGGCUCCUAAAAAAAUCACAAGGUUUGUCCCACUUCGAGUCCACCUUCUGGAGAUACGCCGGCUUGGUAGCCGGAAUACAUUGCCGAGGCGAAGAUCUGGAAUUUUUUCCUCCUCGUCGUCUUUUCUUCACGACAAAUGUUUAUAUUUGUAGUGAGAAUGCAUCGCAUAUCAGUGGAUUUCACUUCAUGCGGCUUGCUACUUCUGAAAGAAUAGUGCCGGAUUUCAUCGUUUUGUUCAUGUUUAUUAGUCUUGGCAAAUGUAAGGUAAAUGAACCGACCACGUAAGGUAAGAAUUGAAGUUUUAAAUUUGUUACUCGGCGAAAAAUCGUGUAAUUGGAAUUCGUGAAACUCGUGAGUAUUACCUCUGUUACCUAAUGUCAUGCGAUGACUCCUCGCUUUUUCGAUGCGUAAAACGGAUACAAACGAUAAAUUUCUUUCGCAAAGUGAAGUAUAAUUUACUUAACGAGACCAUUUGACGACUAGUUCUCGUUACAUGCUUUAUUCAUUAUAUUUGCUUGAGUUAUUCAGGCUACAUGCCAGGAGUUUGAUGACAAUGUUUGUGUGCUAUAAUUAUGCUGAUAAGUUUUUGCACCUUUAUAUUGAAACUCAUGUAAGCCAAACGUUUGUUAACUCUAGCAAAACACUCUUCUAUUAUGGACGAACUUUUAACGUCUUUCGGGGCCCUAAUAUGGUGUCAGAUUUUUAGGGGAAACAAAGCUUGAUUUUUGGCCAAACAGACUAUAGCUUUUUUGCCUUUGAAGAGAGCGCGAGGCAAACGUCCGUGAGUACAGUGUAAGACAGUGAGUCUUUAGGUAGAGCUAACAAACAUAGGCUGCACUUUAGGUGGCACACCCAUGGGUGCAGUGUAACCUAGUUAUUCUUUAGGCAGAGCUAAUGCACCUAUCAAUGUUAAGCCCGAGGGGGGGGGGGACCCCGGGCAUAUGUGGGGCAUUUGACUUUUCAGAAGAUUUUUUGGUCAAAGUCCCCAGCGUGGGGCCCCAAAACUGGGUCAAAUAAGAUCAAAUAUCCCCACCUUAGGGAAGUAAUAUCCCUAAAGUUCAUAGUAGUUGUUGUGUAUAUUUUACAAAUAAUUGAUAUAAAUUGCCAAGCUUUUUUUUAUAUUUUAAACUCCUUUGAUGCUUUGUGUAAUCCGAGGAAAAUAAUCAACAAAUCUAGCAUUUCACGUGAAAAAAUCAAAUAUAAUUGUCUCAAUCUUACAGGAACAACGCGAGCUGUAUACCAUGUUGAGCUUUACAAAUCUAGCAUUUCAAGUCAUACAAGUGCUUACCUUGAGUGCUUACCUCAAAAACAGCCGUGCUUUCCAGCCAGCGCUCCAGUGAAUUCCAAGAUGGCCGGCACAGACGUGACUAGCUACCAGUCCUCCUCGCAAAAAAAAAGCAAACGUCCCCACCCUGGGGCCCUGAUUCUAAGUCAAACUCCCGAGGGUGGGGAAGGCAAAAGAGGUCAAAUGUCCCACAUAUGCCCGGGGUCCCCCCCCUCGGGCUUAACAUUGAUAGGUGCAUAACAAACAUAGGCUGCACUUUAGGUGGCACACCCAUGGGUGCAGUGUAACCCAGUGAUUCUUUAGGCAGAGCUAACAAACAUAGGCUGCACUUUAGGUGGCACACCCAUGGGUGCAGUGUAACCUAGUGAUUCUUUAGGCAGAGCUAACAAACAUAGGCUGCACUUUAUGUGGCACACCCAUGGGUGCAGUGUAACCCAGUGAUUCUUUAUGUAGAGCUAACAAACAUAGGCUGCACUUUAGGUGGCACACCCAUGGGUGCAGUGUAACCUAGUGAUUCUUUAGGUAGAGGUAACAAACAUAGGCUGCACUUUAGGUGGCACACCCAUGGGUGCAGUGUAACCCAGUGAUUCUUUAGGUAGAGCUAACAAACAUAGGCUGCACUUUAGGUGGCACACUCAUGGGUGCAGUGUAACCCAGUUAUUCUUUAUGUAGAGCUAACAAACAUAGGCUGCACUUUAGGUGGGACACCCAUGGGUGCAGUGUAACCCAGUGAUUCUUUAGGUAGAGCUAACAAACAUAGGCUGCACUUUAUGUGGCACACCCAUGGGUGCAGUGUAACCUAGUGAUUCUUUAGGUAGAGCUAACAAACAUAGGCUGCACUUUAUGUGGCACACCCAUGGGUGCAGUGUAACCCAGUGAUUCUUUAGGCAGAGCUUACAAACAUAGACUUGGGAUGGUAACAAGUUUUCCAGUUAAAACUUGGUCAUAAAGUGCUACACCAUGGCACUUCGACUAUUUCAUUAUCGCGCUUGUUUUGACGCACAAUUGAUAGUCAGGAGAAGUCGUAUUGUCUAAAGCCAUAGCAAAAGACAAAUUUACACACAUCACAGCGUUAAGGUAAGGUAAUACACGGUAUUUCCUUCAGGUACAUUUACAUUUUCUGUUAGGUUAUAAGCGAUUAAAUCGCAUGCAGCGACGAAAAAAACGCGAAGCCGUCAGAUAUUCUAGAACCGUGUUAUUUACAGUGCUGUGCAUUAUUAUUGCUUAACUAACUAACUACGCGCUGAUGGAAAUAAGUUUCGGCCGCUUUAAAUUUUGAAACAAUUCACUGGUACUGUAUAGUCAUGAAUUGGAGCGGAAAGUUAGCACGCGAGCAGGGCGAUUCUGGCGAUUCUGCUGUGGUUUCUGUAAUGUAGAAGAUAUUACGGCAAUGAGGCUCCCGAGGUCCGUUCUGGAAAUCACAACUACAUGUAGGAUGAAAUGUAUUCUGCGUGCAGACGUCUCCUUUUCCAGGUUAGGUUAAAUAAACCGUACCAACGGUUUGUUUAACAAAGCUCCCGCGAGACGGUUUCUUGGUGAUUUUAAUAAUUUUUACGAUCCACUUUUUUUUUCAGCUCUAUUUUCGCGGCUUUUGCGAUACAAACUGUAUUCAUUUUUAGUUGUGAUGGCAUUACACUGCUUAAUCAUGACGGCUUUGGAAGAACCUGAAUAUAUUGCGCUUCGCGAUUUCGCCAAAUUGCUGCGGGAAUUAAAAAAUAUUUUCUUCUAAAAAAGCGUUUUCACGCUUCUUUCUCUUGUCAAUUAUCUCGUUUGUCUCGUUUCCUAAAGGUCCUUGAGAACAGAAUAAGACAAUAUUUUAUUACCUACAACCUAAAAACCCGAUUUUUGACCAGAUCGAAACAAAACUGACCUCUGAAAUGGAAGAAGAAAAGCCUUUUAUUUUUGCCGGCUUCGGCCUGCCGAGAUCGUGUCUGUUUUGCUUUCACAUGAUGACAAUUUUUCCUGACAGAAGGGUGUCGGGAAAAACACCUCGCGCUGAUCAUACGUGACAAAAUCCGCCACGCCUAAGCUAAUUAAGAAAAGUCUCCUCGAAAGCUCCAUACAAUUCCUUAUAACAAAAUUAUAAGGAAUUGUAUGGAGCUCUCCGGGAUACUUACAGUGCAAGCCCUUUGUGUCUUCUCAUGUUGGUUUUCCUGUGGUGCGGACGGACGGCGGGCGGUCGGUCGCUGUACGGUCACGUGAUUACCAAAUUUUCUGGGAUGGGUAGAUUUACUUAGCAAUGGGGCUCCGCCCACGCGCGCGCUUGGUGCGCGCGUGGAGCUCCGCUAUGAAGUUUUGUUACCUCUUUUGAAACUUAAUAGGACCAUCCUUCUAUACACACAAAAGGCAAGUCAAUACAUCAUUAUGCCAUGGCCAUUACUUAUUUGGACAAGAGAAGUUUCAAAAGAAUUUCCCUUCUGGAUUGUCCAUGUGGAAUUAAACAAUAUUCCUUGAAUAAAUUCGACAUGUGAAUCUUCUAUAACUAUGUGUUCCUUGUAGAUAUGGACAUUUUAUUGCCGUCAAUCCUUAGCAUGUCCUUUUUUCUCUUCAGACACUGAUGACUGUUAUCCAAACCCGUGUCUAAACAACGGAACAUGUACAGACGGAGUGAAUGACUACAACUGCACUUGCGUGCCUGGCUUUGUAGGAAAGAAUUGCUCAAAUAGUAAGUCUUUAAAAAACCAAGUCUUUAAAAGAAUUGAGAUUUUCGGAUUAACACUGAACAGUGAGUGGUAAUCGUAUUCCAAGUUCAGCGACGUACGAUCUCGCUCGCUCCUUUUGAAAAAGUCGUUUUGCGUAAGUUACAGAUCCAAGUUUUCUUACGUCUGUUAAAACUUAAUAAGAAGAUCCCUCUACACAAGGAAAAAGGCAAAUUAAUUCAUAGUUAUGCCAUGGCCAUUUUUAAUUUGGGCCAGAUUAGUUUCAAAAGAAUUUCCCUUGUGGAGUGCCCAUGCGCAAUAAAGCUGAAUGCCUUUAGUUGAUGCGUCAGGUGAAUCUUCAGUGUAUAAUUAUGUGUUCCUUGUAGAUAUGAUAUGGAUAUUUUAUUGUCAUCAAACCUUACCAUGUCCGUUUUUUUCUUCAGACACUGACGACUGUUAUCCAAACCCGUGUCUAAACAACGGAACAUGUACAGACGGAGUGAAUGACUACAACUGCACUUGCGUGCCUGGCUUUAUAGGAAAGAAUUGCUCACAUAGUAAGUCUUUAAAAAUCAAGUCUUUAAAAGGACUGAGAUUGACGGAUUCAGACUGAACUGUGAAUGGUAAUCGUAUUCCAAGUAAAUUGGUGCAAGACCUCUCUCGGUCCUUUUGGAAAAGUCGUUUUGCAUAAGUUACAGAUAUGAAGUUUCCUUCCGCCUUUUAUAACUCAAUAGAACCAUCACUCUUUACAAAGGAUAAAGCAAACCAAUACAUAAUUAUCAUUUGGGCAUUACUAAUUUCGGCAAGAUUACCUUCAAAAGAAUUUCCCUUGUGAAGUGCCUUGUGAAAAAAAACUGAAUGCCUUUAAUUAAUGCGACAAGUUAAUCUUGUAUAAUUAUGCGUUCCGUGUAGAAAUGGUCUCACUGUCGUCAAUCCUGACAAUGUCCUUUUUUUCUUUAGACAUUGGUGACUGUUAUCUAAACCCGUGUCUAAACAACGGAACAUGUACAGACGGAGUGAAUGACUACAACUGCACUUGCGUGCCUGGCUUUGUAGGAAAGAAUUGCUCUAAUAGUAAGUCUUUAAAAAUCAAGUCUUUAAAAGGAUUGAGAUUUUCGGAUUAACACUGAACAGUGAUUGGUAAUCGUAUUCCAAGUAAAUCGACACACGACCUCGUUGGGUAUUUUUGGAAAAGCCGUUUUAACAUAUGUAUUUUUUCUUACCUCUUUUUAAACUUAAUGGGACCAUCCCUCUUUUAACAGAAAAUGCUAACUUAAGGACGGUGCCCACUAUUGUUACUGCGCACAUUUUUUGCGCAUGCCUAGGUAGUUGCGCGCGACGCGAAAGAAAUGCGCAACAUUUAGGACACGCAGGACACGCGGACUGGUUUUGUCUCCUGUAAGUCUGGGAGGUUUUAGUUAUUUCUUGUGGAAAUAUGCGUCGUUUUUCAACAGAUGAAAAAUAACUUCUAUUUACCUUGUCAGUUCUAUGAAAGCCGAAGAAGUAUGCGCAUGUUGCUGUUUCUACGUAUGAUCGAUGUGACCGAACAUUUUAUAGUCAAACAAAUUAAAAAAAAUUAGUCAAUUCUAAAACAUCAAAAGUUAUUGCUUCAAGAUGUUACGCUUAGUGCUUGGGUAUUAAAAAAUUCCUUAAUAGGCAAGGAUCAGUAAAUCAGAGGAAAAAUAGCUCUAAGUCCUCCGAAACUGUAAGCUUACCUUUCACUGGCGUCCUACGCGUUUUAUCGGCUAAUCGGCUAUAAACACUUUCCCGAAUAUUUCUUUAAUUUUUUAAGAUUUUAUGUAAUUAUUCACCAGAAGAUAGAUUUAAAGCGUUCGAGUACAUAAAGAUGUCCCUUUUAUGGAGAGUUCGAGGCUUUUAUUUGUUGAACAAACAAGAAAAAAACUAUCACAAGAUUGUUUGGAUUGCUGAGAUCGCAGCUUCACAAAUAGUUGCGGACCGCAAAGGAAACGCUUUCAUCGUGGAAAAAAUGGUAAAAAAAUUGUUAUGCUUUUUACUAUUAUCAUUGUUAUUUAAGCAUUUUGGCAUUACUAACCAUUGAAAUUAUUGACUCAUUGGCAGCUUGUCGUGUAGAUAGUAUUUCUUAAGGUUCAAUUUCACGCCACACAUCUGGACAGUUAGGCAUUGCUGCCGUUUGGCUGUUUACAAACUAAAGAUGGAAGGUAAAAUAAAGUAGUUCCAUUCUAAGACUUUCUUAGGUUUAACAGACACUGUUAAGUCUAAAAUUAACAUUUAUAAACGAACAAUAGUGAAUGAUAAUGACACAAAAUGCUACAGUAAAAAAAAUCAAAACGAAAUAUAAAAAAUGAUCGUUAUAGCCCAGUGUAUACAUGAGGCUACAUAAACGCAUUCGGUACAACUACUUUCACACUAUUCAGCUUUUUUAAAAGAGUGCUCGUGUAUGGAACUUGAGUCUAUCCAAAUCAUUUAUGUCAUAUGACACUUGUGGCAAAGCCCGAAAGAGAUAGCGCAAAGUACAGAUAUAAGCUCAUUGAAUGUGUGCAAGUUUAAUAACAUAUAGGAUCGAGGUACCCGGUAAAAUGAUGAAAAAACGAUAGAAGGUUUACAAUCCAUAUUACAUCUACAGUUAAAAGAAUCUUGAGGACAUGUUCAGGUAAGCAAACGAUUGAAGGAGUACUCUUGGAGUCCCUGUCGACUAUUAUCCGCUACAGUAUAGUAGUUUGUUUACAGCACCAGCCGUGGAUCUUGAGCUCGCUAUACUACUCUAUGUGCGCUGCAAGUAGUCUCUAAUACCUUGGAGAUUGCUCUUCUCCAAAACUUUUUGUUAAAUGGUUGGGACGGAGAAGCUCCAGUUGAAUGAAACAGUAUAAUUUGUUUUCCUUAAAGUCCAUGAAAUUUCCUGCUUCACUUUCUGUUUUUGCUCUCCUCCGUGUGUUGUUGUUUUCUCUGACUGUCAGCCAUUGUGGAUUGCUUCACUCAACGCGGAGUACUCUGGGAUAUAGUGAAACUGACCGGGAGGGGAUGGGGAAAAUUGUAAAUAACCCCCAAAGCAAUUAAGUUAAGGCCGAAAACAACCAAUUUAACUUCUAAAAACGCGUGGUAACGCCUACUUUUUAUCUUACCAAAUGAAAGUAAUAAGCCUACUCAGCAAAUGAUCAAUUUUUGGUUCGGGGAAAAUGUCGUUUACACUAUUUUUGCGGCAAACGCGUGGAGAGGGUUAACUGCAGAUAACUUCCCAGUUGUGCUGAUAUUUCCACAAAAAAAAAAGACGUAUAAAGAGCAGUUGUUAAAUUAUCAUUUGUUGCUUAUUUCGAAACCUUGUUACAAUUAUCAUUGCAUUUGUGCCAGUUCACGUGUACACUCUGAAAUUUUGGGAAAAAAAAACUUUUUAUCAUUUUUCUAAAAAACGCCUAUUCAGCGUUUUUCUCCAUAUUGAAGCGCAGUUAUCUCUGAAAAAAAAGUGGUUAUCCCCAGUUUUCUUUAUGGAUUUCAAUAGCCCCUGAUAUGAUCUACUUGUCUCACAUAGUCAUUAUCUGGGAAAAAAUACUUCCCAUUAGUGAGCACCGUCCUUAAUGCAUAAUUAUGCCUUUGCGAUUACUAAUUUCGGCAAGAUUAGUUUCAACACAAUUUCUCUUCUAGAGUGCCCUGUGGAAUUAAAUUGAAUGCCUUUUAUUUCGUGUAGAUAUGAAUAUUUUAUUAUUGUCAUUUCUUACCAUGUCCUUUUUUUCUCUUUAGACACUGAUGACUGUUAUCCAAACCCGUGUCUAAACAACGGAACAUGUACAGACGGAGUGAAUGACUACAAAUGCACUUGCGCGCCUGGCUUUGUAGGAAAGAAUUGCACAAAUAGUAAGUCUUUAAAAAUCAAGUCUUUAAAGGAAUUGAGUUUUUCCCAUUAACACUGAACAGUGAAUGGUAAUCGUAUUUCAACUUCAACGCCGCACGACCUCGCUCGCUCCUUUUGAAAAAGUCGUUUUGCAUAAGUUACAGACCCAAGUUUCCUUACCUCUUUUAAAACUUAAUAAGAAGAUCCCUCUACACAAGGAAAAAGGCAAAUUAAUUCAUAGUUAUGCCAUGGCCAUUUUUAAUUUGGGCCAGAUUAGUUUCAAAAGAAUUUCCCUCGUGGAGUGCCCAUGUGCAAUAAAGCUGAAUGCCUUUAGUUGAUGCGUCAAGUGAAUCUUCAGUGUAUAAUUAUGUGUUCCUUGUAGAUAUGAUAUGGAUAUUUUAUUGUCCUCAAUCCUUACCAUGUCCUUUUUUUUCUUCAGACACUGAUGACUGUUAUCCAAACCCGUGUCUAAACAACGGAACAUGUACAGACGGAGUGAAUGACUACAACUGCACUUGCGUGCCUGGCUUUGUAGGAAAGAAUUGCUCAAAUAGUAAGUCUUUAAAAAUCAAGUCUUUAAAACAAUUGAGAUUUUUGGAUUAACACUGAACAGUAAAUGGUAAUCGUAUUCCAAGUAAAUGGACGAACGACCUCGUUCGGUAUUUUUGGAAAAGCCGUUUUAAGAUAUGGAUUUUUUCUUACCUCUUUGGAAACUUAAUAGGACCAUCCCUUUUUUAACAGAAAAUGGGAACUCAAUACCUAAUUAUGCCUUAACGAUUACUAAUUUCGGCAAGAUUAGUUACAACACAAUUUCUCUACUAGAGUGCCUUUGUGGAAUUAAACUGAAUGCCUUUCAUUUCGUGUAGAUAUGGAUAUUUUAUUAUUGUCAUUUCUUACCAUGUCCUUUUUUCUCUUCAGACACUGAUGACUGUUAUCCGAACCCGUGUCUAAACAACGGAACAUGUACAGACGGAGUGAAUGACUACAACUGCACUUGCGUGCCUGGCUUUGUAGGAAAGAAUUGCUCAAAUAGUAAGUCUUUAAAAAUCAAGUCUUUAAAACGAUUAAGAUAUUCGGAUUAACACUGAACAGUGAAUGGUAAUCGUAUUCCAAGUAAAGCGCCGCACGACCUCGCUCGGUAUUUUUGAAAGGCCGUUCGUUUUAAGAUAUGCAUUUUUUCUUACCUCUUUUGAAACUUAAUAGGACCAUCCCUCCAUACAGAGAGGAAGGCAAAUACAUACAUAAUUAUGUCUUGGUCAUUACUAAUUGAGACAAAACUAUUUUCAAACAAAUUUCCCCACUGAAGUGCCUUGUGGAAUGAACCUGAAUGCGUUUAAUUGAUGCAACAAGUGAAUCUUCCAUAAUUAUCCGUUCCGUGUACAUAUGGAUAUUUUACUGUCCUUAAUCCUCACAAUGUCCUUUUGUUUCUUUAGACAUUGAUGAGUGUUAUCCAAACCCGUGUCUAAACAACGGAACAUGUACAGAAGGAGUGAAUGACUACAACUGCACUUGCGUGCCUGGCUUUGUAGGAAAGAAUUGCUCAAAUAGUAAGUCUUUAAAAAUCAAGUCUUUAAAACAAUUAAUAUUUUUGGAUUAACACUGAACAGUAAAUGGUAAUCGUAUUCCAAGUAAAUGGACGAACGACCUCGUUCGGUAUUUUUGGAAAAGCCGUUUUAAGACAUGGAUUUUAUCUAACCUCUUUCGAAACUUAAUAGGACCAUCCCUCUUUUAACAGAAAAUGGGAACUCAAUGCAUAAUUAUGCCUUGGCGAUUACUAAUUUAGGCAAGAUUAGUUUCAACACAAUUUCUCUACUAGAGUGCCUAUGUGGAAUUAAACUGAAUGCCUUUCAUUUUGUGUAAAGAUGGAUAUUUUAUUAUUGUCAUUUCUUACCAUGUCCUUUUUUCUCUUCAGACACUGAUGACUGUUAUCCAAACCCCUGUCUAAACAACGGAACAUGUACAGACGAAGUCAAUGACUACAACUGCACUUGCGUGCCUGGCUUUGUAGGAAAAAAUUGCUCAAAGAGUAAGUCUUUAAAAAUCAAGUCUUUUAAAUUAUUUAAAUUUUUGGAUUAGCACUGAUCGGUAAAUGGUAAUCGUAUUCCAUGUAAAUGGACGAACGACCUCGUUCGGUAUUUUUGGAAAAGCCGUUUUAAGAUAUGCAUUUUUUUCUUAUCUCUUUUGAAACUUAAUAGGACCAUCCCUCUUUUAACAGAAGAUCGGAACUCAAUACAUAUUUAUGCCUAGGCCAUUACUAAUUUCGGCAAGAUUAGUUUCAACACAAUUUCUCAUCUAGAGUGCCCAUGUGGAAUUAAACUGAAUGCCUUUCAUUUCGUGUAGAUAUGGAUAUUUUAUUAUUGUCAUUUCUUACCAUGUCCUUUUUUCUCUUCAGACACUGAUGACUGUUAUCCAAACCCGUGUCUAAACAACGGAACAUGUACAGACAGGGUGAAUGACUACAACUGCACUUGCGUGCCUGGCUUUGUAGGAAAGAAUUGCUUAAAUAGUAAGUCUUUAAAAAUCAAGUCUUUAAAACGAUUAAGAUAUUCGGAUUAACACUGAACAGUGAAUGGUAAUCGUAUUCCAAGUCAAGCGCCGCACAACCUCGCUCGGUAUUUUUGGAAAGGCCGUUCGUUUUAAGAUAUGCAUUUUUCUUACCUCUUUUGAAACUUAAUAGGAACAUCCCCCCAUACACAGAAGAAGGCAGAUAAAUACAUAAUUAUGUCUUGGUCAUUACUAAUUGAGGGAAGACUAUUUUCAAAAAAAAUUUCCCUACUUAAGUGCCUUAAGGAAUGAAACUGAAUGCGUUUAAUUGAUGCAACAGGUGAAUCUUGCAUAAUUAUCCUUUCCGUGUACAUAUGGAUAUUUUACAGUCCUUAAUCCUCACAAUGUCCUUUUGUUUCUUUAGACAUUGAUGACUGUUAUCCAAACCCGUGUCUAAACAACGGAACAUGUACAGACCAAGUGAAUGACUACAACUGCACUUGCGUGCCUGGCUUUGUAGGAAAGAAUUGCUCAAACAGUAAGAAUUUUAAAAUCAAGUCUUUAAAAGUAUUGACAUUUUGGGAUUAAAACUGAAAAGUAAAUAGUUAUCGUUUUCCAAGUAACUCGGCGCACGACCUCGCUCGGUUCUUUGGGAAAAGUCGUUUUGUAUAACUUACAGAAUCAUAUGAAGUUUUGUUACCUCUUUUGAAACUUAAUAGGACCAUCCCUCUAUACACAAAAAAGGCAAGUCAAUACCUAAUUAUGCCUUGACCAUUACUUAUUUGGACAAGAGAAGUUUCAAAAGAAUUUCCCUUCUGUAUUGUCCAUGUGGACUUAAACAAUAUGCCUUGAAUAAAUUCGUCAUGUGAAUCUUCUAUAACUCUGUGUUCCUUGUAUAGAUAUGGACAUUUUAUUGCCGUCAAUCCUUACCAUGUCCUUUUUUCUCUUCAGACACUGAUGACUGUUAUCCAAACCCGUGUCUAAACAACGGAACAUGUACAGACGGAGUGAAUGACUACAACUGCACUUGCGUGCCUGGCUUUGUAGGAAAGAAUUGCUCAAAUAGUAAGUCUUUAAAAAUCAAGUCUUUAAAAGGAUUGAGAUUUUCGGAUUAACACUGAACAGUAAUUGGUAAUCGUAUUCCAAGUAAAUCGACGCACGACCUCGUUCGGUAUUUUUGGAAAAGCCGUUUUAAGAUAUGCAUUUUUUCUCACCUCUUUUGAAACUUAAUAGGAUCAUCCCUCUUUUAACAGAAAAUGCUAACUCAAUGCAUAAUUAUGCCUUGGCAAUUACUAAUUUCGGCAAGAUUAGUUUCAACACAAUUUCUCUUCUGGAGUGCCUAUGUGGAAUUAAAUUGAAUGCCUUUCAUUUCGUGUAGAUAUGGAUAUUUUAUUAUUGUCAUUUCUUACCAUGUCCUUUUCUCUCUUCAGACACUGAUGACUGUUAUCCAAACCCGUGUCUAAACAACGGAACAUGUACAGACGGAGUGAAUGACUACAACUGCACUUGCGUGCCUGGCUUUGUAGGAAAGAAUUGCUCAAAUAGUAAGUCUUUAAAAAUCAAGUCUUUAAAACGAUUAAGAUAUUCGGAUUAACACUGAACAGGGAAUGGUAAUCGUAUUCCAAGUAAAGCGCUGCACGACCUCGCUCGGUAUUUUUGAAAGGCCGUUCGUUUUAAGAUAUGCAUUUUUUCUUACCUCUUUUGGAACUUAAUAGGAACAUCCCCCCAUACACAGAAAAAGGCAGAUAAAUACAUAAUUAUGUCUUGGUCAUUACUAAUUGAGGGAAGACUAUUUUCAAAAAAAUUUCCCUACUCAAGUGCCUUAAGGAAUGAAACUGAAUGCGUUUAAUUGAUGCAACAAGUAAAUCUUGUAUAAUUAUCCGUUCUGUGUAAAUAUGGAUAUUUUACUGUCCUUAAUCCUCACAAUGUCCUAUUGUUUCUUUAGACAUUGAUAACUGUUAUCCAAACCGGUGUCUCAACAACGGAACAUGUACAGACCAAGUGAAUGACUACAACUGCACUUGCGUGCCUGGCUUUGAAGGAAAGAAUUGCUCAAAUAGUAAGCCUUUUAAAAUCAAGUCUUUAAAAGUAUUGACAUUUUGGGCUUAAAACUGAAAAGUAAGUAGUUCUCGUUUUCCAAGUAACUCGGCUCAUGACCUCGCUCGGUUCUUUGGGAAAAGUCGUUUUGUAUAACUUACAGAAUCAUAUGAAGUUUUGUUACCUCUUUUGAAACUUAAUAGGACCAUCCCUCUAUACACACAAAAGGCAAGUCAAUACAUCAUUAUGCCUUGGCCAUUACUUAUUUGGACAAGAGAAGUUUUAAAAGAAUUUCCCUUGUGGAGUGUCCAUGUGGGAUUAAACAAUAUGCCUUGAAUGAAUUCAACAUGUAAAUCUUGAAUAACUAUGUGUUCCUUGUAGAUAUGAACAUCAUAUUGCCGUCAAUCCUUACCAUGUCCUUUUUUCGCUUCAGACACUGAUGACUGUUAUCCAAACCCGUGUCUAAACAACGGAACAUGUACAGACGGAGUGAAUGACUACAACUGCCUUUGCGUGCCUGGCUUUGUAGGAAAGAAUUGCUCAAAUAGUAAGUCUUUAAAGAUCAAGUCUUUAAAAGGAUUGAGAUUUUCGGAUUAACACUAAACAUUGAUUGGUAAUCGUAUUCAAAGUAAAUCGACAAACGAUCUCGUUCGGUAUUUUUGGAAAAGCCGAUUUAAGAUAUGCAUUUUUUUCUCACCUCUUUUGGAACUUAAUAGGACCAUCCCCUUUUUUAAGAGAAAAUGCUAACUCCAUGCAUAAUUAUGCCUAGGCGAUUACUAAUUUCGGCAAGAUUAGUUUCAACACAAUUUCUCUUCUGGAGUGCCUAUGUGGAAUUAAAUUGAAUGCCUUUCAUUUCGUGUAGAUAUGGGUAUUUUAUUAUUGUCAUUUCUUACUAUGUCCUUUUUUCUCUUCAGACAUUGAUGACUGUUAUCCAAACCCGUGUCUAAACAACGGAACAUGUACAGACGGAGUGAAUGACUACAACUGCACUUGCGUGCCUGGCUUUGUAGGAAAGAAUUGCUCAAAUAGUAAGUCUUUAAAAAUCAACUCUUUAAAAGGAUUGAGGUUUUCGGAUUAACACUGAACAGUGAUUGGUAACCGUAUUCAUGGUAAAGCGGCGGACGUCCUCGCUGGGUAUUUUUGGAAAGGCCGUUCGUUUUAACAAAUAAAUUCUUUUCUUACCUCUUAUGAAACUUAAAAGGACUAUCCCUCUUUUAAGAGAAAAUGCUAACUCAAUGCAUAAUUAUAUUGCCUUGGCGAUACUAAUUUCGACAAGCUUAGUUUCAACACAAUUUCUCUUCUGGGGUGCCCAUGUGGAAUUAAACUGAGACCUUUUCAUUUCGUGUAGAUAUGGAUAUUUUAUUAUUGUCAUUUUUUACCAUUUUUUUUUUCUCUUCAGACACUGAUGACUGUUAUCCAAACCCGUGUCUAAACAACGGAACAUGUACAGACGGAGUGAAUGACUACAACUGCACUUGCGUGCCUGGCUUUGUAGGAAAGAAUUGCUCUAAUAGUAAGUCGUUAAAAAUGAAGUUUAUAAAAGGAGUGAGAUUUCGGAUUCAGACUGAACUGUGAAUGGUAAUCGUAUUCCCAGUAAAUUGGUGCAAGACCUCGCAAGGUCCUUUUGGAAAAAUCGUUUUGCAUAAGUUGCAGAUAUGAAGUUUCCUUCCGACUUUCAUAACUUAAUCGUACCAUCACUCUUUACAAAGGAAAAAGCAAACCAAUACAUAAUUAUCAUUUGGGCAUUACUAAUUUCGGCAAGAUUACCUUCAAAAGAAGUUCCCUUGUGAAGAGCCUUGUGGAAUAAAACUGAAUGCCUUAAAUUGAUGCGGCAAGUGAAUCUUGUAUCAUUAUGCGUUUCGUGUAGAUAUGGAUAUCUCGUAUCGUAAAUGGUGACAUUGUCCUUUCUUUUUUCUUUAGACAUUGAUGACUGUGAUCCAAACCCGUGUCUAAACAACGGAACAUGUACAGACGGAGUGAAUGACUACAACUGCACUUGCGUGCCUGGCUUUGUAGGAAAGAAUUGCUCAAAUAGUAAGUCUUUAAAAAUCAACUCUUUAAAAGGAUUGAGGUUUUCGGAUUAACACUGAACAGUGAUUGGUAAUCGUAUUCAUGGUAAGGCGGCGCACGUCCUCGCUUGGUAUUUUUGGAAAGGCCGUCCGUUUUAACAAAUAAAUUCUUUUUUUACCUCUUUUGAAACUUAAAAGGACCAUCCCUCUUUUAAGAGAAAAUGCUAAAUCAAUGCAUAAUUAUGCCUAGGCGAUUAUUAAUUUCGGCAAGAUUAGUUUUAACACAAUUUCUCUUCUGGAGUGCCCGUGUGGAAUAAAAUUGAAUGCCUUUCAUUUCGUGUAGAUAUGGAUAUUUUAUUAUUGUCAUUUCUUACCAUGUCCUUUUUUCUCUUCAGACACUGAUGACUGUUAUCCAAACCCGUGUCUAAACAACGGAACAUGUUUAGACGGAGUGAAUGACUACAACUGCACUUGCGUGCCUGGCUUUGUAGGAAAGAAUUGCUCAAACAGUAAGUCUUUAAAAAUCAACUCUUUAAAAGGAUUGAGUUUUUAGAAUUAACACUGAACAGUAAAUGGUGAUCGUAUUCUAAGUAAAUCGACGCACGACCUCGUUCGGUAUUUUUGGAAAUGCUGUGUUAAGGUAUGCAUUUUUUCUUAGCUCUUUUGGAACUUAAUCGGACCAUCCCUCUUUUAACAGAAAAUGCUAACUCAAUGCAUAAUUCUGCCUAGGCGAUUACUAAUUUCGGCAGGAUUAGUUUCAACACAAUUUCUCAUCUAGAGUGUUCAUGUGGAAUUAAAUUGAAUGCCUUUUAUUUCGUGUAGAUAUGGAUAUUUUAUUAUUGUCAUUUCUUUUUACUAUGUCCUUUUCUCUCUUCAGACAUUGAUGACUGUUAUCCAAACCCGUGUCUAAACAACGGAACAUGUACAGACGGAGUGAAUGACUACAACUGCACUUGCGUGCCUGGCUUUGUAGGAAGGAAUUGCUUAAAUAGUAAGUCUUUAAAAAUCAAGUCUUUAUAAGGAUAUAGAUUUUCGGAUUAACACUGAACAGUAAAUGGUAAUCGUAUUCAUGGUAAAGCGGCGUAGGUCCUCGCUCGGUAUUUUUGGAAAGGCCGUUCGUUUUAAGAAAUAAUUUUUUUUUCUUACCUCUUUUGAAACCUAAUAGGACCGUCCCUCUUUUAAGAGAGAAUGCUAACUCAAUGCAUAAUUAUAUUGCCUUGGCGAUACUAAUUUCGGCAAGCUUAGUUUCAACACAAUUUCUCUUCUGGGGUGCCCAUGUGGAAUUAAAUUGAGACCUUUUCAUUUCGUGUAGAUAUGGAUAUUUUAUUAUUGUCAUUUUUUACCAUGUUUUUUUUUUCUCUUCAGACACUGAUGACUGUUAUCCAAACCCGUGUCUAAACAACGGAACAUGUACAGACGGAGUGAAUGACUACAACUGCACUUGCGUGCCUGGCUUUGUAGGAAAGAAUUGCUCUAAUAGUAAGUCGUUAAAAAUGAAGUUUAUAAAAGGAGUGAGAUUUUCGGAUUCAGACUGAACUGUGAAUGGUAAUCGUAUUCCCAGUAAAUUGGUGCAAGACCUCGCAAGGUCCUUUUGGAAAAAUCGUUUUGCAUAAGUUGCAGAUAUGAAGUUUCCUUCCGCCUUUCAUAACUUAAUAGUACCAUCACUCUUUACAAAGGAAAAAGCAAACCAAUACAUAAUUAUCAUUUGGGCAUUACUAAUUUCGGCAAGAUUACCUUCAAAAGAAGUUCCCUUGUGAAGAGCCUUGUGGAAUAAAACUGAAUGCCUUAAAUUGAUGCGACAAGUGAAUCUUGUAUAAUUAUGCGUUCCGUGUAGAUAUGGAUAUCUCAUAUCGUAAAUGGUGACAUUGUCCUUUCUUUUUUCUUUAGACAUUGAUGACUGUGAUCCAAACCCGUGUCUAAACAACGGAACAUGUACAGACGGAGUGAAUGACUACAAUUGCACUUGCGUGCCUGGCUUUGUAGGAAAGAAUUGCUCAAAUAGUAAGUCUUUAAAACUCAAGUCUUUAAAAGGAUCGACAUUUUCGGAUUAACACCGAACAGUGAUUGGUAAUCGUAUUCAUAGUAAAUCGACGCACGACGUCGUUCGGUAUUUUUGGAAAAGCCGUUUAAACAUAUACAUUUUUUCUUACCUCUUUUGAAAGUUAAUAGGACCAUCCCUCUUUUAACAGAAAAUGCUAACUCAAUGCAUAAUUAUGCCUUGGCGGUUACUAAUUUCGGCAAGAUUAGUUUCAACACAUUUUCUCUUCUGGAGUGCCCAAGAGGAAUUAAAUUGAAUGCCUUGCAUUUCGUGUAGAUAUGGAUAUUUUAUUAUUGUCAUUUCUUACCAUGUCCUUUUUUCUCUUCAGACACUGAUGACUGUUAUCCAAACCCGUGUCUAAACAACGGAACAUGUACGGACGGAGUGAAUGACUACAACUGCACUUGCGUGCCUGGCUUUGUAGGAAAGAAUUGCUCAAAUAGUAAGUCUUUAAAAGAAUUGAGUUUUUCGGAUUAACACUGAACAGUGAAUGGUAAUCGUAAUUCAACUUCAACGCCGCUCGUUCUCGCUCGCUCCUUUUAAUAAAGUCGUUUUGCAUAAGUUACCGAUCCAACUUUUCUUACCUCUUUCAAAACUUAAUAAGAAGAUCCCUCUACACAAGGAAAAAGGCAAAUUAAUUCAUAGUUAUGCUAUGGCCAUUUUUAAUUUGGGCCAGAUUAGUUUCAAAAGAAUUUCCCUUGUGGAGUGCCCAUGUGCAAUAAAGCUGAAUGCCUUUAGUUGAUGCGUCAAGUGAAUCUUCAGUGCAUAAUUAUGUGUUCCUUGUAGAUAUGGUAUGGAUAUUUUGUUGUCGUCAAUCCUUACCAUGUCCUUUUUUUUCUUCAGACACUGAUGACUGUUAUCCAAACCCGUGUCUAAACAACGGAACAUGUACAGACGGAGUGAAUGACUACAACUGCACUUGCGUGCCUGGCUUUGUAGGAAAGAAUUGCUCAAAUAGUAAGUCUUUAAAAAUCAAGUCUUUAAAACAAUUGAGAUUUUUGGAUUAACACUGAACAGUAAAUGGACGAACGACCUCGUUCGGUAUUUUUGGAAAAGUCGUUUUAAGAUAUGCAUUUUUCUUACCUCUUUUGAAACUUAAUCGGACCAUCCCUCUUUUAACAGUGCUAACUGAAUGCAUAAUUAUGCCUUGGCGAUUACUAAUUUCGGCAAGAUUAGUUUCAACACAAUUUCUCAUCUAGAGUGCCCAUGUGGAAUUAAACUGGAUGCGUUUCAUUUCGUGUAGAUGUGGAUAUUUUAUUAUUGUCAUUUCUUACCAUGUCCUUUUUUCUCUUCAGACACUGAUGACUGUUAUCCAAACCCGUGUCUAAACAACGGAAUAUGUACAGACGGAGUGAAUAACUACAACUGCACUUGCGUGCCUGGCUUUGUAGGAAAGAAUUGCUCAAAUAGUAAGUCUUUAAAAUCAAGUCUUUAUAAGGAUAUAGAGUUUCGGAUUAACACUGAACAGUGAAUGGUAAUCGUAUUCCAAGUAAAGCGCCGCAUUACCUCGAUCGGUAUUUUUGGAAAGGCCGUUCGUUUUAAGAUAUGCAUUUUUUCUUACCUCUUUUGAAACUUAAUAGGAUGAUCCCUCCAUACACAGAAGAAGGCAAAUACAUACAUAAUUAUGUCUUGGUCAUUAAUAAUUGAGGCAAGACUAUUUUCAAAAAAAUUUCCCUACUGAAGUGCCUUGUGGAAUAAAACUGAAUGCGUUUAAUUGAUGCAACAAGUAAAUCUUGUAUAAUUAUCCGUUCUGUGUAAAUAUGGAUAUUUUACUGUCCUUAAUCCUCACAAUGUCCUAUUGUUUCUUUAGACAUUGAUGACUGUUAUCCAAACCGGUGUCUCAACAACGGAACAUGUACAGACCAAGUGAAUGACUACAACUGCACUUGCGUGCCUGGCUUUGAAGGAAAGAAUUGCUCAAAUAGUAAGCCUUUUUAAAUCAAGUCUUUAAAAGUAUUGACAUUUUGGGCUUAAAACUGAAAAGUAAAUAGUUCUCGUUUUCCAAGUAACUCGGCUCAUGACCUCGCUCGGUUCUUUAGGAAAAGUCGUUUUGUAUAACUUACAGAAUCAUAUGAAGUUUUGUUACCUCUUUUGAAACUUAAUUGGACCAUCCCUCUAUACACACAAAAGGCAAGUCAAUACAUCAUUAUGCCUUGGCCAUUACUUAUUUGGACAAGAGAAGUUUCAAAAGAAUUUCCCUUCUGGAGUGUCCAUGUGGGAUUAAACAAUAUGCCUUGAAUGAAUUCGACAUGUGAAUCUUGUAUAACUAUGUGUUCCUUGUAGAUAUGGACAUUUUAUUGCCGUCAAUCCUUACCAUGUCCUUUUUUCGCUUCAGACACUGAUGACUGUUAUCCAAACCCCUGUCUAAACAACGGAACAUGUACAGACGGAGUGAAUGACUACAACUGCCUUUGCGUGCCUGGCUUUGUAGGAAAGAAUUGCUCAAAUAGUAAGUCUUUAAAGAUCAAGUCUUUAAAAGGAUUGAGAUUUUCGGAUUAACACUAAACAGUGAUUGGUAAUCGUAUUCAAAGUAAAUCGACAAACGACCUCGUACGGUAUUUUUGGAAAAGCCGUUUUAAGAUAUGCAUUUUUUCUCACCUCUUUUGGAACUUAAUGGGACCAUCCCCUUUUUAAGAGAAAAUGCUAACUGAAUGCAUAAUUAUGCCUUUGCGAUUACUAAUUUCGGCAAGAUUAGUUUCAACAGAAUUUCUCUUCUGGAGUGCCCAUGUGGAAUUAAAUUGAAUGCCUUUCAUUUCGUGUAGAUAUGGGUAUUUUAUUAUUGUCAUUUCUUACCAUGUCCUUUUUUCUCUUCAGACAUUGAUGACUGUUAUCCAAACCCGUGUCUAAACAAUGGAACAUGUACAGACGGAGUGAAUGACUACAACUGCACUUGCGUGCCUGGCUUUGUAGGAAAGAAUUGCUCAAACAGUAAGUCUUUAAAAAUCAACUCUUUAAAAGGAUUGAGGUUUUCGGAUUAACACUGAACAGUGAUUACAACAACAACAACAACAACACUUUAUUUCAACCCAAAUAUACAAGAAAUAAAAAUUUAUAACAAUAGUACAGACAAUGAUAAGGGCGCUGGCCGCCCGAAAUAACCUAAGAGUUAAAAAUGCCAGGCAGCCAGAUAAAAGAAAAGAUGUUUAAAUGUUUAGGUCAGGGACACAAGAACAAAGAAAGCAGAGAAUCACACACAAAUAGUUAAGUAAACUACCAGUAUAUAAAGAGACUAAAAUUCAUACAUUGCAAAACAGUAUUAUUUCCAUUUUAAAGUUACCCAGACAACGUACAGAUGUCUAGUAAUCUUUGAUAAAGUGCUGUUUCAUUUUCUUUUUAAACAAAGACAAUGAAGAAAAUUUGAUAUCUUCAUCAACGGAAUUCCAUACUGAUGGACCUUGAAAUCUGAUAUUGAAUAUACAUACGAUUGGUAAUCGUAUUCCAAGUAAAUCGACUCACCACCUCGUUCGGUAUUUUUGGAAAAGCCGUUUUAAGAUAUGCAUUUUUUCUUACCUCUUUUGGAACUUAAUCGGACCAUCCCUCUUUUAACAGAAAAUGUCAACUCAAUGCAUAAUUAUGCCUAGGCGAUUACUAAUUUCGGCAGGAUUAGUUUCAACACAAUUUCUCAUCUAGAGUGUUCAUGUGGAAUUAAAUUGAAUGCCUUUUAUUUCGUGUAGAUAUGGAUAUUUUAUUAUUGUCAUUUCUUUUUACUAUGUCCUUUUCUCUCUUCAGACACUGAUGACUGUUAUCCAAACCCGUGUCUAAACAACGGAACAUGUACCGACGGACUGAAUGACUACAACUGCACUUGCGUACCUGGCUUUGUAGGAAGGAAUUGCUUAAAUAGUAAGUCUUUAAAAAUCAAGUCUUUAUAA